AUGUUUGCCUUGGUGUGUUUUGCUGUUCAUCUGGCUAGCGCGUGCGCAUUUCUAGAGGAAACGCUUGCUUCCGGCAGCGCUGACCACGCUGCUCUCGUGCAACUCAUUGGCCAAGAGCAGUCGCUAAGAAUGAACCUUGAAACUCAGGUACAUAGUCAACAAGAAAACAUAGAAAAACUGCAAGCGAGUGUCAACACACUCAACAAAUCCUUGACAGCGGAAAAGGCAAUCAUCGCAUUUGAAGGAAAGCUUAGCUCAACCAGACUGGGGUCAACCGAAGGUGGACGCAUCCUGAUUUUCGACACAGUCUUGACUAAUUUGGGAGGGGCUUACAGCACAACUACCGGCAUCUUCCAUGCUCCUGUCAAAGGCCUGUACCUUUUCUCGGUCACACUCUUAGCCGAUGGAAGGAAUGGUACGGCAUCCAUUGAGCUCUACCACAACACCAAGCUUAUCGCAAGGCCGUUUACAGGACCAUCAAGUAGCUUUGUUGGAACGGGCGAGGUCGCUUUAGUAGAAGCCAAUGCAGGAGACGAAAUCUUUGUGAAAGCAAGUGUAGGAGGGACAAACGCUGUUUACGAUCACUUUUCUCGGUUCUCUGGAGUCCUUUUACAUGCAAUGUAAAUGACUAAAUGUAUUUACAGUUAAAGUUAACACACUCAAAAUAA